AUGAAGAACACUGGCUCGUCGUUGACAAUCAUCGAGACGGGCGUCGCGCUCAUUGUACUCUGCUCCAUCCCCGCCGCGUCUGCUCUCGCGAAACAAGUCGGCAGGCGAGACGUGAAGCAAGACACGUACGAGGACGAAGAUGGCAAGGCGACACCGGAAUCGAUAAAAGCCUACUCGGCCAAAUUGCCCAAGAUACUUGUCCUUCUGUCGGCUGCAGGUGGUUGCGCCGUCUCCAUUGCCCACCUCCUGCUGCCGCUGCGAGCAGACAUCUCUCCUCUGCUGAAUGUGCUGCUGGGUAUAGCGGCUUGGACUCUCUUGCUGCUCCAGGCUGUGGCCAUAGCUUCGAGCAGGAACUCAGUCCAGGCUUAUAACCUCGGCACCUACACAUUCCUGUCAUCUGCAGUCCUUGCCGGCAUUCUCCUCAUUCAGGGCACCAAGGUUGCCGAGUCUCUGCUGCACUCUUGCCCCGAGGCCUUUGCUCUCCGCGUGACUGAGUUCGUUCUCAGUCUAUGCCUCGCCAUCUCGGCCUUGUGCAUCCCCAGGCGGCCCGAUGUAUUCUACAAUGGCGAGUUGGUGGAUAGAAUGUACACUGCAUCCGCCCUAAGCCGCUUCACCUUUGGCUGGCCAGUGGACAUUCUCAAACUCGCCACAAGAAAGAAAGACCUGGACUUGGUCGACCUUACUCGACCUGACCAUUUUACACGAGCUGCUUCUGUGUCUGCCAGUUGGAAGAAGCGUGAAAACCGUCACAGCCUCUGGCUUGACCUGAUCCUGGCGCAUAAGGAUGCCUUUGUUCUGCAGUGGUUCCUGACCCUCUGUACCUCCGUCUUGAACUUCGCGCCGCAGUGGGUAAUCCUGCAGCUGCUGCAGUUCCUCGAACGUCGCCAACCCGGUGUCAACCAUGGAUUGGAGGCAUGGAUAUGGGUCGUUUGGCUCGGAGUGGCUAUUAUCGGGGGAUCCUGGGUCGAAUCUUACGUGUUUUGGUUGUCCUACUCAGACCUCCACAUCCCGGUUCGCGCUCAGCUCUCUGCCCUUAUCUUCGAGAAGGCGAUGCGCAGGAAGGAUGCCAAAGGGACCGGCAAAGCCAACAAAAAAGCCCAGGCCGACCAUGCAGAACCUGCAGAGCCUGCAAACGGAGCGGCGUCUUCAGGGCAAUCCGAGUCGGAAAUCGACCCGGAUGACUCGGAGGAACUGAAGAAGAGCAAGCAGAGCACUGUGAAUCUGAUCGGCGUGGACGGAAAGAGGGUUUCGGACUUUGCGGCCUUUCAGUACUUGUUCCCAGGGAGUCUCUUCAAGCUCAUCGUGUCACUGGUCUUCUUGGUAAGCCUUCUCGGCUGGAAACCACUGUUGGCCGGGUUCUCUGCCAUGCUCGCCAUCAUCCCCUUCAACGCCUACUUCUCCAAGAAGUACGCCGCAUCCCAGGACCGUUUGAUGAAGCUCAGAGACGAGAAAAUGGAGGUCGUUACCGAAGCCCUGCAGGGAAUCCGACAGAUCAAGUUCUCGGCUUUGGAACCGGACUGGGAGAAGAAGAUUGGUGGCGUUCGAGAACGAGAGCUUGGCGCCAUUUGGAGUGUCUUCAUCAAUGACACGGCGCUUCUCGCUUGCUGGGUAACAAGUCCAAUUCUUCUAUCCGCUAUCUCCCUCGCUGUAUACGCAGUCGUCAACGGAUCGCUGUCCCCUUCCGUGGCCUUCGUUAGUCUCGGCAUUUUCAAGGGUUUGGAGAUGACAUUGUCUAUAAUUCCAGAGCUUACCACAGAUGCGCUCGACGCCUGGGUUUCCGUCAAGCGUAUUGAAGAAUACCUCAACUCUCCAGAGGUGUCCAGGAUCGCCGAGGAUUCGGACGAGGUUUCCUUUGACAAUGCGUCCAUUGCCUGGCCUUCGGACGAAAACCUCGACGAGCAGGAGAGGUUUGUUCUCCGCCACAUCAACGUCACAUUCCCUAAGGGCGAGCUUUCAGUCAUAUCCGGCAAGACGGGAACAGGAAAGAGUCUGAUGUUGGCGGCGAUUCUAGGCGAAGUUGACGUAUUGGGAGGGACCUUAUACGUGCCGAGACCUCCGCCGCUAUCCGAGCGGCAUGACGACAAGGCAAACAGGGGCAAUUGGAUCAUACCCAGCGCCAUUGCCUAUGUUGCGCAGAUCCCUUGGAUCGAGAAUGCCAGCAUUAGGGACAAUAUUCUGUUCGGCCUGCCUUUUGACGAAGAGAGGUACAAUAAAACUGUCGAGGUCUGCGCCUUGAAAAAGGACCUGGAAAUGCUCAGCGACGGCGAAGACACCGAAAUUGGGGCAAACGGCAUCAACCUCAGCGGAGGCCAGAAGUGGCGUGUCACCCUUGCCAGGGCUAUCUACUCCAGAGCUGGCAUCCUAGUAUUGGACGAUAUCUUCAGUGCUGUUGACGCUCAUGUCGGGCGCCACAUCUUCGAGAAGUGCCUGAAUGGGGAACUUGCCACAGGCCGGACGAGAAUCCUGGUUACCCACCAUGUUGCACUUUGCGAGCCGAAGACGAAAUAUCUGGUGGAACUGGGCAAUGGCGGUGUAUUGCACGCUGGCUUGCUCUCGGAGCUCCAGGAAGGUGGGAUCCUCCAGAAGAUCAAGAGUCACGAGCAGACCUUCGAGGAGAUCGAAGCGGACGAGUCGGCCACUGCAGUGAAUUCAGAAAGCGCCUCGGCUGCGGAGCGAGAUGGUAUCAGUGAAGUCGCUCCGAAGAAGGUGACGCCAAAGCCCACGGCGCGCAAGUUCGUCGAAGAAGAGGCUCGUGAGCAAGGCGCAGUGCGGAAACACAUCUACGUCACCUAUCUCAAAGACAGUGGAGGCUGGUUAUACUGGGCAUUUGCGGUUAUACUGUUCGCUGUCGUCCAAGGUCUUUCGCUUGGACGAUCAUGGUGGCUCAAGAUCUGGACGGGGAGCUACGAGGAGCAGCGCGUCCAUGCUGGUCAGACCUCCAAUAGCUCAACUGAAUUCGGGUACUACUAUGCCGACGGUGUCCGUCAGACCUCAAUCCAUGCAACGACCGCACCUUCGGUAGGAUUUGAGGGGACCCUAACCUUUUAUCUCGGAAUCUACGUCGCCCUGGCGAUCGCUUCCUCCAUCAUCAGCACCUCGAAGUUCCUAUACAUGUAUAUUGGCUCAAUCCGCGCAAGCCGCAAGCUCUUCGCCAAGCUUAACUUUACCAUCCUUCGAACCCCUAUCCGAUGGCUCGACACGGUUCCCGUCGGCCGCAUCCUCAAUCGGUACACGGCUGAUUUUACCAUCGUCGACUCGCAGUUGACAAACUCACUAAGCUUCGGGACACAUUCGUUUAUGGGACUUUUGGCAGUCAUUGUCGCCGGUCUCUUCGUGUCGCCAUACAUUGUGCUCCUCGCCGGCAUUCUCCUUGUCAUCUGCCUCUACUUUGCGAUCCUCUACCUUAAUGCAGCCCGGCCCGUCAAGCGUCUGGAGAGUACAACCAAGUCGCCCGUCUUUGAGCAGUUCGGCUCGGCGCUCACCGGCGUCGCCACCAUCCGCGGCUUCGAUAAGGCACAGGUCUACGUGGACCGCAUGUACAGGAGAAUUGAUGACUAUUCAACCGCGACAUGGCAUCUGUGGCUCUUCAACCGGUGGAUGGGCUGGAGAAUGGCCCUGGUGGGAUCUUUCUUCUCCAGUUUCGUGGCCAUCCUCAUCCUUCUGACGCCCGGGAUCAACGCGGCACUAGCUGGAUUUGCGCUUGCGUUUGCUCUCGAGUUUUCGAGCUCCGUGAUGUGGACCAUUCGGUUGUAUGCCGCCGUGGAGCUGAACAUGAACGCUGCCGAGAGGAUUAUCGAGUACACCGAACUGCCAACCGAAUCACUUGAAGGCAAGCGCCCUCCCGCCGCCUGGCCUACCGAGGGUCGGAUUGAAGUCAAUGACUUGGUGGUCGGUUACGCUCCCGACCUGCCGCCUGUCCUCAAGGGCCUCACCUUCAAUGUCAACAGCAAUGAAAGAAUUGGCGUUGUCGGCCGCACCGGCGCGGGCAAGUCAUCCCUGACGCUGGCCCUGUUCCGAUUCCUCGAGGCACGCUCCGGCAGCAUUCACAUCGACGGCCUGGACAUUUCAAAAAUUAGGUUGCAUGACCUCCGCUCACGGCUGGCCAUCAUCCCGCAGGACCCGGUACUCUUUUCGGGCACUGUCCGGAGUAACCUCGAUCCGUUCAACAAGCACACCGACGCUGAGCUCCGCGAUUGUCUCGAGCGUGUGCACCUCGUCAGCGACGGCGACGCCUCCCAUCCCGGGUCGGGCUCGUCAACCCCUGCCGUCACCGCCCCACAAACGAACAAGAAGAACACAAACAUCUUCCGCGACCUCUCCUCCCACAUCUCGGAAGGCGGCCUGAACCUUUCGCAGGGGCAGCGUCAGCUGCUCUGCCUCGCGCGUGCCAUUGUCUCGCGGCCGCGCGUCAUGGUUCUCGACGAGGCCACGUCGGCCGUUGACAUGCACACCGACUCGCUCAUCCAGCGGUCAAUCCGCGAGGAGUUUGGCGACGCCACGCUCAUCGUCAUCGCGCACCGUCUGAGCACCAUUGCCGACUUUGACCGUGUGCUCGUGCUCAGCGACGGGCGCGUCGCCGAGUUUGGUACGCCGAGGGAGCUGUGGGAGAUGGAUGACGGCAAGGGCGGUAUGUUUAGGGCCAUGUGCGAGGAGAGCGGCGAGAGGGACAAGUUGAGAGGGAUUAUCUUUGGUGAGAGGUGA